CGUCAGCAACGCUGCACUGCAAUGGUUCAGGCGUCAGCAACGCUGCUCUGCAAUGGUUUCAGGCGUCAGCAACGCUGCUCUGCAAUGGUUUCAGGCGUCAGCAACGCUGCUCUGCAAUGGUUUCAGGCGUCAGCAACGCCUGGGCACAGGAAGAUCUUUGCAUAACGACAGUCUUAAUUCAUUAUUUUGUAACCUUAGCUAGCUAACAUCGGUAUGGCCUAACUAGGCAGCCUGUCAUGCCAGUAGAACCCGUUUCACUUUUUGCUAAUUUUCUAACGUUAAUCAGUCACUGCAAGUGAUUUCAAAUACAAUUCAAUUAUUGAACUGGAAUCAAACUAGUUAAUUAAUUCAAUGUAACGUUAUAUCCUAUGUGCCCGCUCAGACUGUGGCGGAAGCUCUGUCUGAACGCAAGUACCACUCGCAAGCGAUACAGUUUUGGAAAAAAUAUGGAACGUAACUUUGAUAUCCGUGAAAAAUAAUUUUCUAAACACAAAAAGGUUAAAUAACUAUAGACUUUAUGGCUAGCGUUUCUACACGGCCAUAUUUCCAUUUUACAUCGCUUGUUUACAAAGUCGGCGACUACCUGUGCUAAUUAGCUAUCGGCAUCUCUGAACACCUGUGUGUAACGGAAGGAUGCCACAAACAUAUUGUAACUGAAAAAUGGUCAACUUUCAACUGUGUAAAGCUGCAACCGAACUCUGAGCCAUGUCGUCACGCUUGUUGCUUCGGCAGCAGCUGAUGCGAGAACAAGCCCAGGAGCAAGAGAGACAGGAGGCCCAGGAGCAGGCCUCUGUGGCUCAGCUCAGGGCAACUGACUCCACCCCUGCUGUCGCUGUCACUCUGCCCCCAAUAGCUGCUCGCCCUCUUUCCGCACAGGUGCCCGUGGAGGUUUUGAAGGUGCAGACCCACCUGGAGAACCCCACCAAGUUUCACAUCCAGCAGUCUCAGAGGCAGCAGGUGAAGCAGCAUCUCUCUGCCACCCUCUGCAAUAAGGUGGCAAUUCAGACCCUGGGUGUGUCUCCCCUGGCCCUGUCUAGCUCUGCCCCUGAGAUGGAUCCCAUAGCCCGCAGUGUUACCAACAGCUCCAUGGCUUCACACAACCUGGGAUCCAACAAAGAGGAGCUCCCCUGGAACCUCCUGGAAGUUAACCAUAGUCCUGGAAUGGCAGUACCUACCCACACUGUCAGCAACUCCUGCCCUGUGGAUCUAACCAAUAUUAAAAGGGAAUACUCUGAUAACAAAGCUCGGGUGAAAGAGAGACAGAAGAAAGACAACCAUAACCUCAUUGAGAGGAAGCGGAGGUUUAACAUCAAUGACCGCAUAACAGAGCUGGGGUCCAUAAUACCCCAUUCAAGGGACUCGGAGUUGCGCUGGAAUAAGGGCACCAUUCUGAAGGCCUCAGUGGACUACAUCAGGAAGCUGCAGAAGGAGCAGCAGAGAGCCAAGGAGGUAGAGAUGCGUCAGAAGAAGCUGGAACAUGCUAACCACUGCUUGAUGCUGCGCAUCCAGGAGUUGGAAGUGCAGGCUCAGCUUCAUGGACUCUCCAGCCCGAUGUCCUAUGGUCUGAGUUCAGACCCCUCCUUCCCCCAGCAGCAGCACCUUCAGCAGGGAGGUCAUAUACUUGGGCCCAGAACUGGAGUAGCCUGCUCCCAAACCUUUCUCAGCCUGGGUGAUGCAGCCAUGGCACAACCCAUCCCUACCUCCUUCCUCUCUCCACCCUCCUCUGACUCCCCUGCGGGUGUGACCAUAGGCAGCCCCCUCGACCUGGGCAGUCUGCGCUUUGCCGAGCUGGAUGACCCCUCCAAUGCUGGGCUGUUCCCAGGCGUGGGGUUGGGGGACAUUGUCAUGGAUGAGGGGUGCACACAGUCCCCUGAGAGGGUGGACCCACUGUUUUUUGUGUCACCAGGUGCCUCAAAGACCAGCAGUCGUAGGAGCAGCUUCAGCAUGGAGGAGGACUUGUAAAGGGUCUUAUUAGCGUCAAGCUGAUCGAGAGAGAAGGGAUUUAGGGAAUGAGAGGGCUAGGGAAGGAGGAGGAGCACAGGAAAAUAAGAGCCCCCAGUUAAAACACUGCAUAUGGCACUGGACUCUGCUUUAAAACAAACAGCCAAUCGUUUAACUAAACAGGACUUUGAUCUGAAUCAUGCAUCAGUACAAAAUAAAUGACAAUCCUUUCCUCUCUUACCAAGUUAAUAUCGGUCCCUGAUCUUAGAAAAAGAAAAAAGCUUUUCGGUACAUGAAUCAAUAGUAAUGCAAUCAUUUUCAAAUAGAAAAUAGUAAAAUUAGUUUUUGGAUAUGGACUAUGGACAUUGAUUUUUGUUCUGUUUCUUGCAAGACUCAACUCAACCAAGAGUUCCCUGUAGAGAAAUUAAAGAGGAAAUAGUGGUGGUUUAAUCAAGUACGUUAUUGGUCCUUAUAGAGCGUAUACUUUGUGCACUUUGCAACUUUUGUGAGAGCAAUGAGGUUCUUGUAUCUAUUUAGUGAAACUGGCAUGAACUACAUAACGGGUGUGCUAUUGAAUUGAGAUAUUUUUUAACUGACUUGAAUCAGGAUUUGUUAGCUUAAAGUCUGUCUAUUUUUACACAUCUCGGAAGGUUUGUCUAAAAAAACAUAUUUGAUAACCUGUAAAAAAAAAAAAAAAUCUAGAUUUACUGUAUCUUUAAUUUACUUUCAAAACAUGUUGUUGUGACUUUUUCUGUUGUCUAUGCAUUUACUUUUAACGCUUUUGUCUGUUGAAUGGUUGUACAGCUGGCCAGUAACUCAACUAACAAUGACCAAGAGAAGGAGAGAAGUAAAACAAAAGCUACUGCAGCUAGUUAGCCAAAGCAGGUCACCUUUCACAGAAUGGUAAUAUAUUUAAGUCAUAAUAUGGGUGUGUUAUAUAUUGUUAUAUAGUAAAUGGACGUAUAGCUUUAACGUAUGUUAAUCUCUGAAACACUGCAUGCUACAUGUGUGUUUGUGUUGCAAAAACAUGUACUGGGUUGUAUGCAGUAAUCUAUUUCUGAGAUGGUCAUUUGUGAUGAUAUGAUAAUGUUAAAUAAGAUUUAUAUAGCUGGUUUCCAAGGCCAAGUCACAUAGACUUGGCCUCUAACUCUUUUUUUACAUGUUUUAUUUUUUUACCUUUAUUUAACUAGGCUAGUCAGUUAAGAACAAAUUCUUAUUUUCAAUGACGGCCUAAGAACAGUGCCUGUUCAGAUUUGAACUUGAACCUUUAAGUUACUAGUCCAACGCUCUAACCACUAGGCUACCCUGCCGCUACUUCCACUACCUUUUCCUUAGUCCUCUAAUCUGAAAAUGUGUAUGGUCAUGGGACUGUCUAACAUUCCCCAUGUUUUUCCCAGAGACUGAAAUCUGUAUAUGGUUAUCACUCCUCUAGCCUUCAUACUCUUUCUUUAAUUUGUAUUGACAAGUUUUUCAAAGAAAAGUACAUUCAUUACCUGUAUAUGUUUAGGAAUUUGUUUCCAUGUCUGUUUUAUCUAUUGCCAUUGAUGCUUCCCAGAUGCUUGUCAUUCUUGAAACAAUUGUGCCUUUCCUCCAUGUCAAGGAAGAUCCCUGCAGUGUACUCUCCUAACGCAGGCUUUUUUUUCUGGAGAUGAAAAUGUUUGAGACAAACAAUGCAAUAUCUAUCUGAUUAUCUGUUUCUAUUGCAAGUUGUAGUGUUUGUUUGUGUCAAUUAAUCCCUUAAAAGAUGGGUUGCCAACUGGCGAUUUGACACACAAUUAAAUUUUUUCAUUCAUUGUCUGUGACUUGAAUGUAGCUGUGGUUUGAUAUGAGAUCCUAUAAUUUGAAUCAUUUAGAAAAAAUAUAUAUUUUUGUUCUGAUUUUCAGUUAUGGUUCUGCUUUUACUGGAAUGCAAACCUCUAACAGCCUUAAAGGGAAUAUAUUGUUGUUGGACACUUUUAUAUUUGAAUGUGUAUUGAAUUACUAGCUUUUUCUAUGCUCAGAUAAGUAACCUGUCUAAAUCUACACUAUUGUCUGGUGUGUUUGUUUAUUUUAAACUAAAUAAAAAUCAGGAAAAAA